GAGGGAGCUUAUAAAGAUAGGAAUCUGCUCUUAUCAGCCCAUUGAUGGACGAAUUUAUCAAUAAGAAGCCAAAACUAGAUAUGAGCACAGAACAAACUACCGACACCGCUGCUAAACAGGAAGAAUUCUUCCAACCAGUGGGACAAGCUGCUGAGGAAGUUUCCAAAGAGACGGAUUUCAAUGAAGAAGGCAUUCGUCAAACCGGUGCUGAGGAUGCUGAAGGUCACCCAGUGCAAGAGAUCAAGUCUCUUUGUAUGAACUGUCAUAAGGAUGGUGUCACCAGAAUGCUUUUGACGAAGAUUCCAUAUUUCCAGGAGGUGAUUCUGAUGUCAUUCGAGUGUCCUCAUUGUGGGUUCAAGAAUUCGGAGUUGCAACCAGCAGGUGCUAUUCAACCAAAGGGCGCUAAAUAUGUUCUUAAGAUCGAAGAGAAGAAUGAUUUCAACAGACAGGUUAUCAAGCAGGAGACUGCCACCUGUAAAUUUGUGGAACUAGACAUUGAAAUUCCACCAAAGAGAGGUCAAUUGACAAACGUUGAAGGAUUACUGGUUGAGAUGAUUGAUGACUUGAAAGCAGACCAACCUUCGAGAUUGGAACAGAACAAAGAGAUCCAUGAUAAGAUUGAACAAUUCAUUAAGAAGGUUCAAAGCACUUUGAAUGCUGAGGAAGGAACACUUCCCCUAACGUUUGAACUCGAUGACCCUGCUGGAAACUCCUGGAUUGAAUUUAUUCCAAAUGAGCCGGCACACAAGUGGUCGCAUGUUGAGUACACGAGAACGGAUGAGCAGAACGUUCAGGUUGGUAUCAUUACUGAGGACCAAUUGGCUCAAAUUCGUCAAAAGAGAGCUGCAGAACUAGCUGACAAGACUAGAAACCCAACUGCCUCUGGGUUCAUCUCUGAUGCAACCGACAUAGAGAACUUCGAGAAUGAGGUUCAAAACUUUGCGGCUACCUGUCCAACAUGUUAUUCACCAUGUGUCACACAUAUGAAACAGGUGAAUAUCCCACAUUUCAAGGAUGUUAUUCUAAUGAGUACCACGUGCGAUAAAUGUGGAUACAAGUCCAAUGAAGUUAAAACGGGAGGUGCAAUCCCUGAAAAGGGUCGUCGUAUCUCUCUUAAGGUUGACGAUCCAGAAGAUUUGGCUAGAGAUAUAUUGAAAUCGGAAACUUGUGGUCUGACAGUUCCAGAAUUGCAUUUGGAUCUUACUCCAGGUACGCUAGGUGGCCGUUUCACUACUAUCGAGGGUCUUUUGAGACAAGUGUACGAUGAAUUGCAUUCCAAGGUGUUCUCACAGACAUCUGAUUCCAUGGAUGCAGCAGCCAAGGAGCAGUGGAACUCCUUCUUCACCAAGUUGCAAGACGCUAUUGACGGAAAGAUCAAAUUCACCGUCCACAUGGAAGAUCCAUUGGCAAGUUCAUACAUUCAAAACGUUUACGCCCCAGAUGAUGAUCCAAACAUGACCAUUGAAGACUACGAUAGAACAUUCGAGGAGAAUGAAUCUCUUGGUCUGAACGAUAUGAAGGUUGAUUAAUCACCGUGAAAUUUUCUCUAUAACACACAACUUUUCUUUAAUCUAGACACACGCCAUGAAUUCACCAAAUAA